AUGAUCCUGAUCCUGAUGCUAUUCUACCUACUCGCCUCCGCCUUCCCAGUGAUUCUAUUCUACCCACUGUCCCUGACAACCCUCAUCGUCCCAUCAAUAAUGCUCGGCUAUGCGAUAUGCAUUAUGAAUGCCGAAGUGAGCCAUGAUGUAUGGCCAUGCUGUAUCAUUGGCAUACUCGGCAUCCUGAUCAAGUUGGGCGGGCUGAUCGUCUACCUCUCCGUCUUCUCCCUCAAACAUCAGGAUGAGAAGUUCACCGCCAGAUACAAAUCUAAUUUGGACGAAACGGCGGCGAAGCGUCUUUUCUUCUUCAUCAUUCUUGCCGUCGAGAUGGGCAUUCUGUUCUUGGCCUGUUGUUUCAAGUGGCAUCUAGCUGCUUUUGACAAUAGCAAGCAGAAAAAGAGAUCAAAGGCCGGCCAAGUCGUC